AUGGCUGUGAUAAAAAUCACGGCAAUCGAUGGGAAAACAUAUGAUAUCGAGGUGCAAGAUGACUGCACAUGUCAAAAUGCAAUCGAUAAACUCAAAGAUAUUACAGAAUUUAAAGACCAGCAAAUUUCACUAUAUUUCAACGAAGAAAAGCUAAAUGAUCAAGAUAAAAUCAAUGUUUCCGAUGUAUCAGAACAAAAUCCUCUUAUUGUUGUAUGCGAAUCUCAAUUAUCUGAACGAGUUUUUAACUUAGAAAAUUCAUUUGACUAUUUUGAAUACCCAUUUACACAAUACUCAUACGAAAUAAUAAAAUAUGGACGAAGCAAGGCAUACAAAGAGAGAAAAUCAGCGAGGGUCCCAUAUUAUCCCUUAAAGAAAGAUGAUUUUCUUGCACCUUACGAUGAAUACAUUAAAUUCAAGCAGCACGAUGAAGAGGAAGAGAUACCAGAGGUAACAGCUCGAAACGAGAUCAAUCUUCCCACAAUUUUGACUGAUAUUCAAGCUCCAACAUUAAUUUACAGAAAACAAACAAAACCAAAGCACGACAUAUAUACUGCCGAUGAAGAGAUCCCUACACUUACUUUUAUUGCUGCAGACAACACAAGAGUUGUCAGAAGAGUAAAUGAAGUGAUUGAACCAGACCAACCAUUGGAAGGUGACCAACCACAAGAAAACGCCGAUAACCAAAACGUCCAACAAAACCAAAACAACGAAAAUCAGCAUGAAAAUGCUCCAAUACAAAUAGAUAACGAUAACAACCAGAACAAUGAUAAUGGCAAUAACCAACAGAACGAUUUACAACCAAAUCAAAAUGAAAAUCAAAAUGAAAAUAAUAUUUUAGAAAAUAAUCAAGAAAAUCAUGCGGAUAAUGAUAAUGGCCAUGAUAACAAUGACGAUAUACAUCAGAACCAACAACAAAAUCCAAAUAAUGAAAAUCAUGAAAAUAAUAUUGGCCAAGACAGGCCAAGACCUGCAAAUAACAACAGAGACAACAAUAAUCAACGUAACCAAGCCGACUUAUUGGGUGAAAACUUAAGAUAUUUACAAGAAUUAUUUAAUCCACGAGAUGAGAACGAAUCUCCAAUGCCACCCAUCGAAUUACCCAACCACGAGAUGCUUAAUGUUCCUUUCAACCAAGUUCUUCGAAAAAUACGAGAUAUCAAAAAUGGAAAAGGAGAUGUUGCUGACAAAGAGAGCGCAAUGGUUAUUUCGGACUUCUUGGACAAAUUCAAUCAAAAUGCAGAGAAUGCUUUGCGAUUUUCAGACGAAAUUUCGAGAAUCAGCAGAAUUUCAACAAUUCGUGAGGAAGGAGGCAUCCAAGAAGAGGAAGGAGAGCCGAAAGUUGAUGCUGACCAGUUCGAGGAAAUCCUACAGAGCGCACAGUUCAUGGAAGAAGAAGAUUACGAUGAUGACUUCACUCAGUUGAAAGUUGGUCGGGUGAGGAGACAGAAACUUUUGAGACAGGACAUUGAAUCUAUUCGUUCUAGAGAAUAUGACGAACUUUCCAUAACAAUGAACGAAAAUUAUACAAAUGCAGAGCGACACGAGAUCACAAACCUCUCAAAGAUAGGUUUUGACUUCUCUCUAAUCAUUUCCAAAUACGAGGAGAAUGGAAGAGACUUCGAUAAGACAAGACGCGCAUUAAUUAAAUUAUUGUAA